AUGAGACUAUUUUGCGGUCUCUUUCUCUUCGUCACUCUCACUUGGGCCCAACAACAAGAUCUAUCAUGGAAAGCUGACAUUUUUGCAUCGGAACGCGAAAAUGAGAUGGCCGAGCAAGAUGCUCUCACUCGAUAUUUCGGGAAUGACAAGAGAAAUACCACAUUCUUUCCAACUUGGGAUGCAAUGAAAGCAAAAGUUGGAGAUUUCAUCAAUGUCAAUACCACCAGAUUGAAAAAUCACAAUUAUAACGAAAUGACUGCUUGGCUUCAAGCACUUCGUCUUAAUUAUCCAAAUAUCACUCAUUUGUAUUCUGCUGGAAAAUCUGUGGAAGGAAGAGAAUUAUGGGUUCUGAUUGUGUCUGAUAAACCGAAAGAACACGAAUUACUGGAGCCAGAAUUGAAGAUCGUUGGAAAUAUGCAUGGAAAUGAGGUGGUUGGUCGUGAAGCAGUUUUGUAUUUGGCUGAAAUUUUAUGUACAAAUUAUGGAAAAAAUAAGUAUCUGACUGGUUUAGUGAAUGGUGCUCGAUUCCAUUUGAUGCCAUCUAUGAAUCCAGAUGGAUACGAGAAGGGUUUUGCUGGAGAUAGAAUUUCGGCGAUGGGACGUGCUAAUGCGAACGACGUGGAUCUGAAUAGAAACUUCCCUACAAAAUUCCCACAACAUCGAGAGCCAUCCGGAGGAAAUGAUCCAGAAAAAGAAAACGUUGCUGUGAUGAAAUGGCUUCAAUCAUAUCCUUUCGUAUUGAGUACAAAUCUUCAUGGAGGAAGUCUAGUUGCUAAUUAUCCUUACGACGACUCUGUAACUGGACAAGAUGGAAUUUAUACUGCUAGUGCAGACGACAAACUAUUCGUAGAAUUGAGUUAUAGAUAUGCAAGAGCCCAUACGAAAAUGUGGAAAACUGGAAGAAGAUGUGGAUUGUCGGCUGAUGGAGACAAUUUUAUAAACGGAAUUACGAAUGGUGCUGGAUGGUAUCAUUUGGCUGGUGGAAUGCAGGAUUGGCAAUACGAGCAUACAAAUUGCUUGGAGAUUACUGUAGAAAUGGGAUGUUUCAAGUUUCCAACUGAUGACAUGAUGCCAAAGUUAUGGGAGGAACAUCAGUUUUCGCUUCUCUCUUUUAUGGAAAUGGGAUUGACAGGAGUUACGGGUCUUGUUGUGGAUAGAAAUAAUAAUACAGUAGCCAACGCAACAAUUUCUGUGGAGACUGGAAAGGAUAUAAUCUCAACGGAAGCUGGAGAAUAUUGGAGACUUUUGCCACCAGGAGACCAUCAAGUUACUGUAUCCGCGCGUGGACUUGAAUCUGAUACUUUUACUGUAACUGUAAUACCUGGAUCGAGAGCUGUUCGACAUGAUAUUACACUAUUGGCAUGUGGAGAUAAUGAAACGAAAUCGGAAUUGUACAUCCGAGGAAGAGGCAAAAACUUGAUUGCUGUGUUAUCAUUCGAUGAAAUUGGAGGACAAGUGGUCGAUGAAUUGGCUCGUUUGACUUGUACAGGAGACUUUACGAUCGAUAAAGAUGUUUCAUUGAUGUUGAUUCCAAAUAUGACUAACGAACUAAAAGGAGUAAGUUCUAAUCCGAAAUCUUCUUUUAUGGAUUCAACUAAUUUACAGCGCCUCUCUGAUUUUGACCCUGCAGCAGUGUUAAUCAUUAGCGAAGGAAUUGUUGAAACUUUGACAUUCAGUGUAUCUGAAAACGAACCAAGACUUUUUGACAAAGCAAAAAUGGACGAAUCCUUGCUGAAAGCUCUUGGCAAUUCAAUUCAAUGCGAUCGAAAACUACUCGAAUCAAAAACUGCGUUGAGAGUUGAUGAUCUACAGUUGAAAAAGGCUUUUGAAUUGGGAAUUUCUGUUGGUUGUGAUUCAACUGAUUUGCAGAAGAAGGCAGCGACAGUUGGAACGAUUGCUGAUGUUAGCCUCAAUAUGAUCAAAAACGAAUUGAUCAAAGACAGUGUCAAUGAGUUUUCCGUUGUUCCAUCUGCCCAUCCAGGAGAUCAUUUCACUCCAGAUCAAGUGAUUCUUGUUACAAACGCCGCCGUUGCUGAACUUGAGCGAAAGGAAUGUGUUCAAGAGUUGCCUCGUGGACCUAAUAAAUUAUAUUUGAUGGGAUCUGGAAAACCACCAUACACAUUGAUUACGGCUGUUGAGAAGAGAACAGAAGCAAUGGCUUAUGAAAUGAUGUCCACUUACUGUAACCCCGAAACAAAUGCAGAAUUUUCGGAAAUUUUGGGCAAAUCCACACUGGUCUUCAUGCCAGAAAUCCCACAUACUCAAUUGAAUUGUCACGACUACGAUACGAUUUCUCCAUUCAAGUUGCUGUUAGACGAAGCCAUCGGAGCUGUUCCAGAACUUGAUUUUGUUAUAAUCCUAGCGACUGGAGGAAUGAAAGUUCGAUAUAUAAAUGAUACGAUUGGAAUUGGAAAACCGAUUGCUGAAGUCUAUAGAUCCAAUCACGAUUUGAUGAAAUCUUCGGAGACAGAAGGGUGUGCAAAAGGAUUUCCAAAUGAGAAGGAGGCAAUUCGAGAGUUUUCAUGGAAUGACAAUGCAUCCCGAAUGGAUAAAUCCGGUGUUAAUCACGCAGCUGAUAAUUUGGAUGCACUUCUCGUACAGAUUGGAUGUUGUUAUGAGAACAUGGCUAGUGGACAUCUCUAUUCUGAGAAUCAGAAAUCAGUGAAAAACGCGUUGAUUGAACGAACGAGAGGAGUUCGGAUAACUGGAGGAAUGGAAGGAAUGACUGUUUCAAUUGAUCAUAUGCAUAAGAGUCUUCCACUUUUGAAUGGAAGACGAUUUGUUCCACUUCCAAAUGGAGAACAUUUGGUGAAAGUGAGAACGGCUGGAGGACAAAUGCAUGCUCAGUUUGCUGUUGUGAUUUCGGAUAAAACUCCAACAGCCGAAAAAUUCAUUGGAGUACAGUCAUCGAAUAUGGUCAUUAUAACGAUUGCAUCGAUUUUGAUGAUUAUUAGUUGUACAUUUAUGUGUCGACAGAGAGUUACAUCAGUUUUGAAUCGAAGAGGAUUCUUCAAUGGAAUCGGCUCAAACCAUGGAUUUGAACGUAUUCCGUUGUAUAAAUCGGACGAUGAGGACGAGGAUGAAGUAUUCGAUUUGCAAAAGUUAUAA